AUGUCCAUUGGUCUAACGUGCUCUCCUACUGAAGUUGUUAUAGAUUUUGAACAAGCUAUCCACAGUGCUGUAGCGGAAGUCUUCCCUAAUGCUAAAAUAAGUGGAUGUCGAUUUCACCUAGGGCAAAGUUGGUGGAGGAAAAUUCAAAGUUUAGGACUCACGAAAAUGUAUAACACAAAUACAGAUGAAAGUUAUUUUUUAAAAUUUUUUUUUGGUUUGCCAUUUUUGGACUCUGACAACGUCAUUGAUUGUUUCACGGAUGACUUUUUAGCAAUACUGCCCGCUAAAGAUGAUCGGGUUGUACAAUUUACCGACUAUGUUUUCGAAAACUAUAUAUCCCCGGAUGCUAUGUUUCCCCCAAAUAUUUGGGCACAGUUCUCUGCUAGCUGUAACCGUACCACUAACGGCUGUGAAAGUUUUCAUUCACACCUAAAUUCAUCGUUCUACUCUAGUCAUCCUAACAUCUAUAAUUUUAUUGAUGUGUUAGUAGAAAUUCAAUCAGAAACGUAUAUCAAAUGUAGAAGCAAUGGAAUAAAAACGAAGAAAAUAUGUGAAAAAGAAGCAUUUAUAAGACAACAGAUGACAAAGCUAGCACAAAAAGAAAUAGAGCAAAGUCAGUUCAGCAUUUUGCCAUUCCAAAUACCAUUCGGUGUAGAGGUUUUUGAUGUUAGUGUUCAAAAAUGGGUAGCUAGUAUUACUACAAAGUGA